GUCUGUCUCUCUCCUCAUCACAUCACUUUCCUCCGCUCGUCUCAAUAUUUUCGUUUGUCUUAAAAACACCUUUGUCUUUCUUUACCCUCUGAUCCCGACAAUCGUCGCCGUACGCAUAAUUAGUUUCCGCAGCAUUAAAAAGUUGGAACCUUUGUUGAAUUGCACAAUUCAAUCCCAUUUUCGUUCGUUGUUUUUCUGGUCAAUGCAGUUAGUAGAUUUUUCUUGGAAUCAGGGUUUGGGAUUGUAAAUUAUGGGGUUUUGGUGACGAAAAAUGUAGUUGGUGAAGGUGGGAUUUGAUUGUGAAAUAAAAAUCCCAUCUCAUUGUUUGAAUUUUCUAAUUUAUUUUUGUUAAUUUUUCAUUUUUGUCUUGUGGGGUUCGAUUUUGUUCCUAUUUGGUGGUGAUUUGAUGCUUAGAUUGUGAUAUUUUUUGGUUUUCUUCUCUGGGUUAUCGAAGAAAGCUAGGAUUUUUUAAUCUGGUUGCGUGUUAAUUCAGUAAGUUUGUUGAGAUUUGGGGGUAUUGUUUGGUGGAUAUUGGACUAUGCUCAAAUAAAUGUUGGAUUGGGCACAAAUCUGAGUGGAAUUUAGCAGUUUUGAGCUUCUGGGUGGACGUGUAUUGAAGGGAAUUUGAUAAUGGAGCACGUGAUUGCUGGGAAGUUUAAGCUGGGGAGGAAGAUUGGUAGCGGCUCAUUUGGGGAGCUCUAUCUAGGUGUUAAUGUACAAACUGGGGAAGAGGUGGCUGUUAAGCUGGAACCUGUGAAGACCAAGCAUCCUCAGCUUCACUAUGAGUCAAAAUUGUAUAUGCUUCUUCAAGGAGGAACUGGAAUUCCACACCUCAAGUGGUUUGGAGUUGAGUGCGACUAUAAUGUCAUGGUUAUUGACCUUCUUGGGCCGAGUUUGGAAGACUUGUUUAACUAUUGCAAUAGGAGGUUUACAUUGAAAACAGUUCUGAUGCUCGCAGAUCAAUUGAUUAACAGAGUUGAAUACAUGCAUUCAAGGGGUUUUCUUCACCGUGAUAUAAAACCUGACAACUUCUUAAUGGGCCUAGGGCGUAAAGCAAAUCAGGUUUACAUAAUUGAUUAUGGCCUGGCCAAGAAGUAUAGAGAUCUUCAGACUCAUAAGCACAUACCAUACAGGGAAAACAAGAACCUCACAGGCACAGCUCGCUAUGCAAGUGUUAAUACUCACCUUGGAAUUGAACAAAGCAGAAGGGAUGAUCUGGAAUCUCUUGGUUAUGUGCUUAUGUAUUUUCUAAGAGGAAGCCUUCCCUGGCAGGGAUUAAAAGCUGGCACAAAGAAGCAAAAAUAUGAUAAGAUCAGUGAAAAGAAGAUGUCAACUCCCAUAGAGGUGCUUUGCAAGUCAUAUCCAUCUGAGUUUGUAUCCUACUUUCACUACUGCCGAUCGUUGCGGUUUGAGGACAAACCAGAUUAUUCAUAUUUAAAGAGGCUUUUCCGAGACUUAUUUAUUCGUGAAGGUUAUCAAUUUGACUAUGUAUUUGACUGGACUAUAUUGAAGUACCCUCAGAUAGGUGGCAGUAGCUCUAGAGGACGGCAAUUCGGUGGGAAAGCAGGUCUGAGUGCAGGACCAUCUGCAGAAAGACCGGAGAGGACUUCAGUUGGGAAAGAGAUCCGAGAUAGAUUCUCAGGUGCAGUUGAAGCAUUUUCGAGAAGAAAUGUCUCAAGCCCAAGUCCACAUCAUUCCAAACAUAGGACUUAUGAGGAUUUCGCUUCACCCAAGGAUGUGCAAUUUGAUUCAGACAGAGGACGCAGUUCUCGAUAUGGCAGCUCUUCAAGAAAAGCCGUCAUCCCAAGCGGCAAGACAGGUUCUUCCGGUGAAUAUAGUGAAGCUCGUGUAGGCCGUCUAGUCUCAAGCACUGGCCGCCCGUCUACCACGCAAAGAGUUCAACAAACUUAUUCUCGCACUCCUGCUAGAGGCACCCGUGACGAUCCUCUCCGCAGCUUUGAGCUCCUCACAAUCAGGAAAUAACUGAAUAUCUGUUAUGCCAUACAUCUUCUACGUGGAAAAAUUUUAGAAGUUGUUUCACUCUUGUACAUGGGAGAUCAUCUAUCACCACUAUUACAGGUCAUAUCACUUCUCUUGUUUCAAAAUUCCUGGGACCUCCCACUUCGCUUUUUUCACCCACCAAAGAUUUUCCGGCCAUUGUAACGUGUUUUAAGACACUUUCCAUGAAUGGAAAAAUUACGCAGUGGAAACCUUAUUUUUAUGAGACCGGAGUAGCUGUAAUAAACUAUUUAUUUAUAUAUAUGUUCUUCACGUUUGAGAUCAA